AUGCAAUUAUUUUAGCAACCUCAGGGAAAAGCUUUGCAUUAUUAGAUAAUUAAUACGACAAUGUUUAGUACAGGAAUAUAGCAUAAUUAGAUANAUGAGACAAAUACAAUUGUGGCAUUGGCAACAAAUGAUGAAGUGUAUUUCUUAUAAUAUGAUCCAGAGCAAUUACCAAUCUUUUUACAGUAAGAGGAAGAACCUGAUGGAUUCGAAGAUGCCUUCUAACCUUUAUGCGACAUAACUGAAUCUAUCAAUUCUGGCUAUUUCAUCCAAGAUGUCUUCUAUUAUACUACUGUCAAUGGCAAAAUAGCAUACUCUGUUAAUGGAAAGAUCUUCAUUGUCGAUUAGGAUAAAAAGUAUUUCAUUAUUGGUUACAUCCAACAAUAAAAUAAACUAUAUCUCAUUGACAAAAAUUAUAAUAUUAUUAGUUAUGAAGUUAAUAGUAAUGUAGUUGAAUUUCAAACUUAAAUUCUUAAAAAACAGUACCCUAAGGCUGAAGAAAUACUCUAAACAAUUCCACUAUAAUACUACGAUAAAUUAUCUAAAUUUUUAGACACCCUUAAUCUUAAAGAAUGGGCAUAUAAAUUAGUCUAGGACACAGACCAUAAAUUUGAGCUUGCUCUUUAGCUUGCAAUUGUAGAUGAUGCUUUCCAAAUAGCUUAAAAAAGCUAAGACACACUCAAAUUAAGAUAAGUUGGAGAUCUUGCCUUAUAAUAAGGAAAAAUAAAAUUAGCCGCUUAAGCCUUAGAAGAAGCAGAUGAUUUUGGAGGACUCCUAUUAAUUUAUUCCUCAAUAGGAUUGAAAACUCAACUAUUGCAAUUGGGAGAUAAAGCUUUCCAAUAAACAAAAAUGAAUAUUGCAUUCUCUGCCUAUUUCUUAUGUGCCAAUCUUGAUAAAUGUCUUGAAGUUCUUCUCAAAAGUAAUAGACUUCCUGAAGCUGCCUUCUUUGCUAAAACUUAUUGUCCUUCCAAAAUUAGUCCUAUCGUUAAAUUAUGGAAGGAAUCUUUAGCUAAAACUCAUCCAAUCAUAUGUAAAAAUUAAACAAUAAACUUUAGCCUAAAAAAUAGCUGAUCCUUUUGAUUAUCCUACUCAAUUCAACGAUCUAAAAUUAGCCAUUAAAGUCGAAAAAUUCUAUGAAAAUAUUAGAAAAUAGGCUAUUCCAGCUGAUCAAUUUAAAUAGGUAUUCAUUCUCUUGAUAUCAUAGUUUUAAGAAUUCUUGAAUUAAGAUCUAUUUACAUAAUUAUAAAAUAACCCUAAUUUGGAUCUUUCAAAAAUCACUUAUGGAACCGGAUGA